GAUAUAAGGACUUAUAUGUUAAUAAAUGACUACAAAAAGGAAGCAGGUUUUUAUAUGUUAUAUACUUUAACAGGAGGAUAAUAACUAAACAUGUUCACAAUAAGAAGAACAUUGCAUUGCAUUUUCGUCUACCUGGCAUUGACGUCGUCUGCUACAUGGGCGGUGACGUCACAGUGCAAAGACAUUGACACGGUGUCCUGCCAGUUGAUCGAAGCAGCCAAACCGGACAUGUGCAGUGACCCCGUCAUCUCACAAGAUGCUUGCAGACGAUACUGUGGACUAUGCCCGGUGCAGUGUGUUACGUGUAAGCGGGUUGUGAAUGACAUGUCACAGUGCCAGGACGUUAUAACAUGUCACGAGAACGAGACGUGUUACGCGGUGGAGGUGAGAGACGACGCGGGACUUCUGCACGGCUUCACAGGUGGAUGCAUACAAAAGGACUUGUGUAAGGCUGGCCAAGCGGCUGGUUUACUUCAAGGCCAUAUCUUUGGAUCCCAUAAUCAGUCAUCCAGCACUCACCAAUCUCAACAAAGCGCCAUUAUCGGUCGCCGUGGGCGACAGGUCCACACACCAGCGAACCUUACCUGCUGUGGGACGAACACUUGUAACAAACCUAUACAGACAAUCCCAGCCACAUCCUCCACGACGUUAAAAACGACGACGCUACACCACCAUGCGACGACUACGCUGAGGCCGCCGACCACGCACCGUCCCCAUGCGACAACAACGCAUUGUGCCAACGACCAUCAAGAUUGCAACAUAUUUCCACGUUUCUAUUGCAACUUCAACGCGAAUCAUUGCCGCCAAACAUGUGGGAAAUGCUGACUAGCUACAGCUUCUUAUAGCUUGCUUAAUAAACAAAAGGUGAACUUGUAAUC